ACUUCCGGUUCAGUCUUCAUUCACUUUAUUCACUUCGAUGAUUGGAGAUUGAAAUAGAAACCGAUUGUCUCUGGUUCACGCUGUUGUUAGUUAUCUGGUGAAAAGCACGUUUUCAACGUACAAAAAUAAUGGCUGCGAUCCGUAAAAAGCUGGUGAUCGUCGGGGAUGGCGCCUGCGGGAAGACCUGCUUGCUCAUUGUCUUCAGCAAGGACCAGUUCCCCGAGGUGUACGUGCCGACGGUGUUCGAGAACUACGUGGCGGACAUAGAGGUGGACGGCAAACAGGUAGAGCUGGCUUUGUGGGAUACAGCAGGGCAGGAGGACUAUGACAGGCUCCGCCCCCUCUCCUACCCUGACACUGAUGUCAUCCUCAUGUGCUUCUCCAUCGACAGCCCCGACAGCCUGGAGAACAUUCCGGAGAAGUGGACUCCGGAGGUGAAGCACUUCUGUCCCAAUGUUCCGAUCAUCCUGGUGGGGAACAAGAAGGACCUGCGGAACGACGAGCACACGCGUCGGGAACUGGCCAAGAUGAAGCAGGAACCGGUGAAGCCAGAAGAGGGGCGGGACAUGGCGAACCGCAUCAAUGCAUUCGGCUACCUGGAGUGCUCAGCCAAGACCAAGGACGGCGUGCGGGAGGUUUUUGAGAUGGCCACCAGGGCGGCGCUGCAGGCCAAGAAGCACGGAAAGAAGAGCGGCUGCCUGCUGCUAUAGAGGGCCGCGGACAGGGGAAGGGCGGGGCAGGGGGGCGGGGAGAGGGUUGCGAGGUGCAGGGAAGUUUAAAGGGAGAAGGCAGCACGGCCCCACGGGGCUGCAGCAGACUGAGAAAGAGCUGCUUUCACCGGCCAGCGCGAGAGAGGGAGAGACUUUUCAGAUCACAGAUGAAAAGAAAAGGCUUCUGUCAUCCCUCAGAAGAGAGACGGUUGCUGCGGUGAGAAGACGAGUGCGUGCGUUUCCCUCCGCGUGCUCGCAGGGGUUCUGUCUGCGUGUCUGUGUAGAUAUGUAAGUGUGGGUCCGUCUGGUCUGCCAUUUUCUACUGAUGUCCGAGUCUGUGGCGGAGCGUUUGAGGGCAUUGAUUCCCCUCUUGUUUAAAGUAUCUGCUGUUCCCCAAACUGGGUCUGGAACCCCUCCCUGCACCUCUCCUCUCUCCCACAGUCCCUUUUCUGGGUUUCCACACAUCAGGCACCAGUCAGGCGUAGCAACAAAAAAAAUAAAAUAAAAUAAGGAACUGGACAAAAGUACCAUUGAUCCGGUUAAAUAGUUGAACCAACCAGCAGUUUAUUUUUUGAGUUAUUGAAAUAUCUACUGUUUUUAAAAGUUUGCAUUUACAUAUAAAAUCCAUUUUGAAAAAUGACAAAAAAACAAGAUAAUGCUAAUGCAUUUUGUGAGUGUUUUUCUAUGCUUGUUUGUGGGUUGUAGAUUUUUAAUUAAAUUGAGUAGCUUGGUUUCAGCUGAUUUUGUCUGAGUGGGGUGUAGAUUUAAUAGGAGUUUGUGAGAAUAAGACAACACUUGUUGAGCACCUACAGAAGCCCUUCUGCAUAUAGGGUUUGGAAAGGCAUGUCGUUUUGUAAUUGGUACAGAAUAAAGGUUUUUAGAAAAAUUCAGAUAAUUUGCUGUUUGCCUGUGCAUCGGCCCACUUUGUGUUUGGAGUGUGGCAGUGUGGGCGUCUGGGCGUCGGUCCGCUCUGCGUUUGGAGUGUGGCAGUGUGGGCGUCUGGGCGUCGGUCCGCUCUGCGUUUGGAGUGUGGCAGUGUGGGCGUCUGGGCGUCGGUCCGCUCUGCGUUUGGAGUGUGGCAGUGUGGGCGUCUGGGCGUCGGCCCGCUCUGCGUUUGGAGUGUGGGAGUGGAGCUGCUCUGCGUUUGGAGUGUGGGAGUGGAGCCGCUCUGUGUUUGGAGUGUGGGAGUGUGGGAGUGGAGCCGCUCUGCGUUUGGAGUGUGGGAGUGGAGCCGCUCUGCGUUUGGAGUGUGGGAGUGGAGCAGCUCUGUGUUUGGAGUAUGGGAGUGGAGCAGCUCUGUGUUUGGAGUGUGGGAGUGGAGCCGCUCUGUGUUUGGAGUGUGGGAGUGUGGGAGUGUGGGAGUCGAGCCGCUCUGCGUUUGGAGUGUGGGAGUGUGUGCAUCGGGCCACUCUGCGUUUGGAGUGUGGGAGUGUGUGCAUCGGGCCACUCUGCGUUUGGAGUGUGGGAGUGGAGCCGCUCUGCGUUUGGAGUGUGGGAGUGUGGGAGUGGAGCCGCUCUGAGUUUGGAGUGUGGGAGUGGAGCCGCUCUGUGUUUGGAGUGUGGGAGUGGAGCCGCUCUGUGUUUGGAGUGUGGGAGUGUGGGAGUGGAGCCGCUCUGUGUUUGGAGUGUGGGAGUGCGGGAGUGGAGCCGCUCUGUGUUUGGAGUGUGGGAGUGGAGCCGCUCUGUGUUUGGAGUGUGGGAGUGUGGGAGUGGAGCCGCUCUGUGUUUGGAGUGUGGAUGUCACUGUACAAAAAUCCACUUCUCCCUCCAUUAAAAAAAAAAACUCCUUUUCCCUCUAUUAUGGUUAUGAUGAUUAUGAUUUGUUAUUAUCUGUUUCUUUAUUUGUUCUUGUACUGUAUAUUUAACCGUGUGAAAUUAUACUUGCUUGUCCUGAAUUUAUUAUUCCUCCUUUGAAAAGUUUAAAACCUUAAAAACAUUACAAAAUUAAAUAUAUAAAAGAAUAAAAUAAAUUAUAUUCAUUUGGGUAUUACAUCUUUUUUUAAGUAUCAUGCAUAAAAUGUUGUAUAAUGUAAUGCAGAAAAAAGAACAUUACCUUGAUGCAGAAAAGCUUUUGUACAAAUAAUGAAUCUUGAAAUUUCCCCAGUCCGCUUUUAAAAGUACUUUGAAAAUAAAUUGCUUUUAGGGUAA